CUGGAGAAGAUGGCGGCUUCCUUGUCUCUGCUUGUGAUUGUCGCCGUCACAAUCCGCGCGGCUCUGUUCAGAUCCGGCCUCGCGGAGCUGAUCGCGGAGCGGGUGGAGGUGGUGUCUCCGAUCACCGCCUGGAAGCGAGUGAUCGAAGGUUUGGCACUGCUCGAUCUGGGAGUUUCUCCGUAUUCCGGCGACGUUUUCCACGAGACUCCUCUCAUCAUUUACCUCUUUCACUUUCUGGUGGAUUAUGCAGAAAUCACAUUCAUGCUGGCGGACGUGAUCACAGCCGUGGCUCUUUACAUGGCCGUGAAGGACUUUAACAAACAAGUGUUCAGGAAGCAGAAGUUUUCGGUGGAGGCGGAGCGAUACCCUGCAGACUGCCUGGAGCUCAUCAGGAGCCCCACUGAGAUGUUCUAUCCCCUGAAAGUGGCCAUGUUUUACCUGCUGAACCCGUUCACCAUCUUGUCCUGCGUUGCCAAGUCGACUUGCGGCCUGAACAACGCCGUCAUCUCCUUGUUCGUCCUCACAACCAUAAAAGGAAACGUUUUGCUGAGCGCCAUUUUUCUCUGCUUGGCCACCUACCAGUCCAUCUAUCCUCUGACGCUGUGCGCCCCCGCCAUGCUGUAUCUGAUGCAGCACCAGUACGUCCCGGUGAACCCGCGGCGCGUCGCCUUCUGGUGGUUCGUGGUUCAGUACCUGUUCAUGUACCUGGGCAGUUUGUUCGUCAUCGUCUGCCUGUCCUUCUUCCUGCUCGGCUCCUGGGACUUCCUGCCCUCCGUCUACGGCUUCAUCCUCUCAGUUCCUGACCUGACGCCCAACAUCGGCCUCUUCUGGUAUUUCUUCGCUGAGAUGUUUGAGCAUUUCCGCCUCUUCUUCCUCUGCGUCUUCCAGAUCAACGUCUUCUUCUACACCGUCCCUCUGUGCAUCAAACUGAAGGACCAGCCGGUGUUCCUGAUGUUCAUGCAGCUGGCGGUGAUCUCCAUCUUUAAGUCUUACCCCACGGUGGGCGACACGGCGCUCUACCUGGCCUUCCUUCCCGUCUGGAGCCACCUGCACAGAUUCCUCAGGAACAUCUUCCUGGUUUCCUGCGUCCUACUCGCCUGCUCCGCUCUUUUCCCGGUUCUCUGGCAUCUCUGGAUCUACGCUGGAAGCGCCAACUCCAACUUCUACUACGCCAUCACGCUGCUCUUCAACGUGGCGCAGAUCCUGCUGGUGUCGGAUUAUUUCUACGCCUUCCUGAGGAGGGAGCACCACCUGACGGCCGGACUCUACCUGAAGAAGAAGGAUGGCUCCGAGGCGACGCUGGUGCUAAAAUGAAACGCGCCCUGAUCAAACCUGAUCAAACCUGAUCAAACUUGAUCAAACCUGAUCAAACCUGAUCAAACUUGAUCAAACCUGAUCAAACCUGAUCAAACCUGAUCAAACCUGAUCAAACCUGAUCAAACCUGAUCAAACCUGAUCAAACUUGAUCAAACCUCUUCAGACUGGAAUGAGGAGGAAUAAAAACGCUGAUGCUGCAGAACUCGAAGCGACUCGCCGCCGUUUCCGAUGAAUGAACUUUGAACUGUUGAGGAGGGAAAGUUUCGUCUGAGAAUAUUUUGUUCAGAACUUUUUCUGUUGAAACGUAAAUGUAAGAAACGUGUGAAUGUCCAGAGAAACGCCUCAGCUUCACGUGGUUUUUCCGCUCGACUUGGUGGCUUUUCAUUUCUCGGUGUUGUGAGCAGAUUAUAAAGCUCCGAAAGUUUCAGUUAUUCGUUGGAUCUUUUCUGGGAUGAAAACAACAAAACUUGAUUUUGUUAUUUUGCAGAUUAUGGAUCAAGAUAAAAUUGUCCAAGCUGCAAAAACACAACAUUUAUUUGUGUUUUUUUUCUCAUUUCUUAUAAAAAAAAAAGUCUUAUAACACUUGGAAUAAUAUGAAGCGAAAUGAAUGUGACUUUUCAGCUAAAUGGUGAUCCAUAUUUUAAUUCAAUAAUUAUUUGAUUAAAGUCCUGUUUCCACUGGCAGAUUAUUAAACUUAUUUACAUGGAAAAACGUCUUACUAGUGAAAUAAUCUGCAGGUGAAAUGAUUAUUAUUGAUUUAAAACAAGGUUUUUAUCUGUUGCUCAGAGUUUGUGGUGUUUUUUAUUUCAGGUUUUCUGAGGUUUGGUUUCACAUUAAGGGCUCAAAUGUUGAAUGUUUGCUGCUUUAAUUUGACAUUUAAAAAAUGUUUAAAUUUCAAAACAUUUAAACUUUAUUUUUCUUCUAAAUUCUGAACAUUUUGAUCAGAAACUUUAUGCUGUGAAGUUUCUUCUGUUUUUUAUUAAUGGCUGAAAUUCUCCAUAAAGUUUUUAUGAACUUAUAACCAUUUAAACAUUUAACCUUUUAUAUGCAUAACAAGCCUAAUUAUUGUUUUCUCUUUCAUAAUUACACUAAUAUGAAAUGCUAAUCUGUAAAUUCCCAGAUUAGCAUUUAAACUUAGCUUAGCUUAGCUUAGCUUAGCAUGAAGACCAGAGUUUGGAUGAUAUGUUGGUUGAAAUUAAAAUUUUGCUCCAUGCAGGUAAAAGUUUUCAGGUCCAAACGAAUCUGAACAUUUUGCCUUAAAUUCUGAAAAAAGCAAAACUGUUUUCCACCUAAAAUCUUUGUUUUCUCUCGGCUGAUUCUGUUUCACAGUUUAGUUUGUCAUGUUUACUAACUGGAAAUGAUUUAUUAUUAUUAUUAUUAUUGUUCUCAGUUUGAAUCAUUUUCACCAAUCAGUGUUUUGUUGAAAAAUGAAAAAUUUGCUUUAAUUUUACUGAAAAAUUUUCUUCACAUCUUCAUGUUGAUGGAAAAAUGCAACAGUUUGGUUUUUAUAUUUUCAUCUGAAUCUGAUUUUAUUUAAAUGUUUUGUUUUUCUGGACAGAAAAUCAUUCUGAGGUUUUUGAAAGGAACAAAACGUAUUUUUAUUUGCUGCACUGAAACUUUGCAACAAGCUGAUUUUAUUACUUAUAUUUAUUGUAAUAUUUCAUUUUGUGAACAUGUUCAAUCGGUUUGUGGUGUAACUAAAGCCUGAGGUUUUGCUUUUACUGGUUUUUCUGCUGUGAGUCAAAAAAAGCAACAUUUUUCAGUUUCACCAUAAACAUUUAUUUAAUUGUUAAUUAAUGCAAUAAUUGAA